AAUCUAACCGGUUCAACCUGAUUUGGACUGAGUUGGUUCAUACCCGGUAUUGGAUCCAGAACCGGCAAUUCCACUUCCGGUCUUGUCAAAUAUCCGGGUACCCGACCCGGCUCUAUAUGUAUCUUCUAAUUUGAGUUUCCCUCCAUCCCGAUUAGCGGAUCCAUUCUCGUGCCAAAUUAUGACGAACGAAUUGUGUUCAACUGUGCGAAUCCGCGUACUCGAUUUCCUCAUCCAAUCCGCUCAACAACUUGAAGUUCCUCCCGUUGUCAAGUACUCUGCAUUAUCCCUCUUUGCCGAAAGAUUCUACCCGAUUGUCUCCAGAUUUGAGCAGGAGAGCACUGGACACUGGCUUUUACAACCAGUAAGAGAAAGUAAUCUUCAGCUGUUUUCUCUUAUUGCAAUAUGGAUCUCAAGCAAAAUUGAUGAUUCUCUUCCCUUAUCGGUAAAAAAGUUGAAAAGUCUGGCAGAUAAGAUAAUACAAGAGCAGCAUUAUACAACUAGAGAUUUUGCAGAAGCUGAAGUGAUCUUCAUGAAGGUCUUGGAUUAUGAGAUUGGUACAUCAGAUAUUGUCUUCAGGUUUCUUGAAGACCUAGUUAUUCAGUUGAAGGAGGUUGCAACAGUUGGGGAGCAUUUGGAUUUUGAAGUAUGCAUGGACAUUAUGGAUCUUCUUUACGAAAAGGAGGAGACUUCAACUCUUUAUAAUUCUCCUCAUUCUCUUGCUGCAUCAAUUCUGGUUGCCUCGUAUGUGAUCACAGUUCCUAAACAAAGAUGGGAGUUUCCUAUUCUUCCUUGGGGUGUGCGGAUUUGGAUUUGCAGGGUAACGAUCCAAAUUCUGGGUAUUCAAAGAAAUAAGGGAAGUUGGGUCAAGAGAAAAUGCUUAUGUUGCAAGGGGUAAUCGGGUUACCUCUUCAUACUUUCCCAAGGGACUAUUAAACCCGACAAAAGUCACUUUAUGCUCCUAAAAAGCAACAAAAAUAGUUUACGGACCGAUCAAACCACUUCUUGAAACUUCGUAGGGCUAGAUUGUCAUUUCCCCUUAAAACUUUCCUGUUUCAUUUCAUUGAGUUAUUGCAUCAAAGACUUUGUGUGCAUCCUCAUGAAAGUCGAUUGGAGGAGCAUAGCAAUAGCAAUGGAUUUUACCGGAAAAAGCCUUGUUGCGUGGUGCAACGAUGACGGUAAGACGCAUUGACAAUAGGUCGUUGGCAAUAGCAGUAAAAGUAACCACUAUACACUCUUCACAUCUAAAAACCGGUGGUAGGACACAUUGUAGCUGUAGUUUAGUGGGGCGUUAAAAAAAACUUGUGGGAGGAGGCAGUGAUGAAGACGGUCAUUUUGCUGGAGGUAAGAGUAAGAGACGCCAGUGGGUUUGACGUCAACGACAGUGGCAGUGGUGGUGGGCAUCGCCAUUGGUAGAAAGAAAAUGGUAGAUGAUUGUUUCUCUUAAAAAACUGGUGGUAGGAGGUAGCAACUUCGGCGAUAGGAGGCGGCAAUGGGAGAGGGAGGAGACAGUGGUGGCUCCGAUUUCUGCGGUAGUGGUGGGUAUCAAGGAGUGAUUUUUUUUAAGCAAAUCUCGAUGGUUUCGUAUAUAUAGCACGAAGAUGUUUGAUUUUUUUUUUUUUUUUUUUUUUAUUAUCAUCUUUGGCCUUUGAAGCAUAUUUUAUUGCAUUUUUAGUGCCUACAAAUGAAAGUGAUUUUUGAAAAAAAAAAGAUAAUAAUAAAAAAAAGCAAUACGAAUAUACGAUAACCUGAGUUUUAGAUCUCAAUACUCACUAAAAUGAGAAUUUACAGUGUCUCUUACAUUCCUUCAAAUAAAUAAU